AUGUCACAGGAAGAAUUGCAGCAAGAACUCGACGCUAUAGAUGCCAUAUAUCCCGAAUUUUUAGAGCGUCUAUCCGAUACUCAAUGCAUGCUUAAGAUACCGGAGCAUGAUUCUAUAACUGUGCAUCUUUCAUUCCCCAGUGGCUACCCUACAGAAGCCGCACCACAGGUGCUGGAAGUUGAUGGAACUGGUGCGAAUAAAGCGCUUCGAGAAGAGUUUGAAAAAGUGAUGAAAACGGUUUGGAAUUGUGAUGUAUGUGUCUUUGAUUUCCUGUCUGAAGCAUCGGAAGUAUGCUCGAAUUGGAGCGAAGAUGAGCUCCGUGCACUAUCGCUGGAGCCUGCUGAAGACCUGAUGGCACAACAGUUAGAAAAUUUGGAACUUGAAAAGACCAUCGAAAAAUUGGACAUUACCUGGUAUCAAAGCGAACCGGUAGUGGAUCGCGGAUCAACUUUUAUAGCAUUCACCACCCAGGUCUCAAGUGAGGAUGACGCACGUUUGAAGCUGGAUCAGCUGCGAAUGGACCCAAAAGUGAGCAGAUGUCAACAUGUAAUGACCGCUUGGCGGAUUCAUGGCCCGGGCAAUGUGAGCUAUCAGGACUGUGACGACGAUGGGGAAACAGCUGCUGGCGGCAGAUUGCUGCAUCUACUGACGUUGAUGGAUGCUUGGGACGUUGUUGUUGCGGUCGCCAGAUGGUUUACGGGCACCCACAUCGGCCCUGACCGUUUCAAGCAUAUCAACUCUACUGCACGCGACGCAGUGUUGAAGGGCUCAUUCGUGGACGCUUCUAAGGCCGGCAAAAGAAAGAAAUAG